CCCGGGCCGGCGCGGCGGAGUCCCCGACAAAGGUGCCGUACCUGGGCUGUUCACACCCCCACGGCCGGCUCGGCGGGAUGCUCCGGGUCACUGCACCGUCCUCCUCACGCCUGCCGGGAGCUGAUCGCCCCGUUUGCACAGAGUCUGCUCAGUCCCGAGGCGGCUGCUUCACCUUCAAGCCUGUGAGCGAUGUUUAGGCAGAGGAGGGGAUGGGCUCAUUUCCAAAAGCCUGCAGGACGUCCUGAGUCCCAGUCGUGUCAGCGGAAGCAGGACCAGCCCUUCCUGAGUGCCGGACCCAAAGACCAUCUGUUGGGGAGUCCACCCAGCCUCAUUGUAUGUCCCAGAUCUGCCUUUUCUUUUCCAGCCUCUUCUCCUCUGAUGGCUCUGUGAUUCCCCAGAAGUUGAGGGCCCACCGUGACCCACCCUGUGCUUCAGGACGAGGGCUCUGUGGCUGCUGCAGCAUGGUCCAAGCCUGCUUGGUGUGCUCCAGAGUUCAUAAGGGCAGCCUGGUAGCCCAGGCAGCUGUGGCAGACAUGGACAAGCGGGACAAGCCCAGUCCCUCUGCCAAGAAGCACGUGCGUCUCCAGGAGAGGAGGGGCUCCAACGUAUCACUGGUGCUAGACAUGAGCUCUCUGGGGAGCGUGGAGCCCAUCCAGCCCAUCUCUACACCACGGGACAUUACGCUGAAGUUCCUGAGGACAUCCAGCCACGUGCUGAGGAGACAGGAGCUCCAACAGCAUGCCCAGUGCCUGGCACAGCUCCAGGAGGAGUUUUCGAAAAUCCCACCCAACUUCGUGAAUCCAGAGGAGCUGGAGAUCCCUGGUCGUGCCUUCAAGGACAGAUACAAAACCAUCCUCCCCAAUCCUGAGAGCCGGGUCUGCCUCCGUAGGGCAGGGAAGCAGGAGGAGGACAGCUACAUAAAUGCCAACUACAUCACGGGCUACGCGGGGCGGCCCCGGGAGUACAUUGCCACGCAGGGACCCAUGGUGCACACCGUGACCGACUUCUGGGAGAUGGUGUGGCAGGAGGAGGCACCCCUGAUCGUCAUGAUCACCGAGCUCCAGGAGCGCAAGGAGAAAUGUGUCCACUACUGGCCUGAGAAGGAAGGCACCUACGGCCCCUUCACCGUGCGCGUGCAGGGGGUGAGCGAGGGCGCGGAGUACGUGAUCCGGGAUCUCUGCAUCCAGCUCGAAGGAGAACGUCGGGAGGUCAAACACAUCCUCUUCCCUUCCUGGCCGGACCAGCAAACACCUGAGUCAGCCAAGCCUCUGCUGCACCUGGUGUCCAAGGUGGAGGAGACUCUGCAGACUGCAGCCAGCCCAGGGCCCAUCGUGGUGCACUGCAGCGCAGGCAUCGGCCGCACAGGCUGCUUCAUCGCCACCAGGAUGGGGUGCCAGCAGCUGAAGGACAAGGGGGAGGUGGAUAUCCUGGGAAUCGUGUGCCAUCUCCGCAUAGACAGAGGUGGGAUGAUCCAGACGAGUGAGCAGUACCAGUUCCUCCAUCACACACUAGCUCUCUACGCUUCCCAGCUGCCAGAGGCUGGAGGCCACUAGCACAGGGCUCCCACCAGGCUUCUAGCUCCCCACUCCAAGCUCUCCUGCACCAGCCUCGGGGACACCUCCACCAGAACCUCUCCUGAUGCUGCCAGGCCACAGAAAAGCAGCACAAACAUCCCUCGGGAUGAGCACAGCUGAGGGAACCCACGGGGACUGUGGCCUUGGACCCUGGGGACGAGCAAGGUGUGGUGGGUUCACGUGAGGGGUGCACUGGGUGCUCGAGGUGGCUGUUGCUGCUGCCUCGAGGCAGAUUUCACCUGUGGAAAGAAGCUUUGGCUUUUGAGAGGUGCAAGAUCCUGAACCAGAAGAGCAAGCUGUGCAGAGGAACUGCAUGCCUGGGGAGCGCAGUUUGCCUUUUAUCUGCACAGAGGUGUUCACUCUGUUAGAUGCAGCGCUGGUAGAAUUACCCUGAAAUAAAUGGAGCCUCUCUCCUG